AUGUUAAAUAAAAAAUCUAAUAAAAAGGUUAUUAAAUUAAAAAAAAAUAAAAAUUUGGAUAAUAAAAAUAAUUUGAAUAAAUUAAAUAAAAAUAAAAUUAAUAAUAAUAAUAAAAUUAAUAAUAAUAAUAAAAUUAAUAAAAAUUCGGAUAAAAUUAAUAAAAAUAAUAAAUUAGAAAAUAGUUUGGAUAUUAAUGAUAUAUUUAUACCUAAAAUACCAUUACCAAGUAUAAUAUUAUGUAUAGAAAAUUCAAAACCAAUGACAAUAUAUACGAAUAAGAUAUCAUUAAUACAAUUAGAAAAUGAAUUAAAUUUAUUAAAUUUAUUCUAUAAGAUUUUAAAAAUUGGUAUAAAAAAUAAAUUACAUAUAUUAAAAUUAUUUAAAUUAAAUAAUGAUUUUAAUACAAAUUUUACUAUAAAUUUUAUUGGAUUACUUUUACAAAAUUUUAUUUCAAAUUUUUCCAAUUAUAAAUUUAAUCAAUUUAAACUCAAUAAUUUGAAUGACUUUGGACUAAAUAAUACAAAUUUGAAUAAUUUUGGACCAAAUAAUACAAGUUUGAAUAAUUUGAAUAAAGAUAUUGGAAAUUAUAUAUUAUCAAUUGAUAAUUCAUUUUUUAGUAUAUUUGAUACUUAUUUUUUAUUACCAAUUAUUAAUCCCGUUACGGUGUCUCCCGAUACGGUGCUUGCUCAAGCAGAUAGUAGUAGUACUACCCAUACUACAGUUGUACCUGGUACUAGUACUAUUAAUACUACUACUACGGGAAAGGGAGCUAAUUCUAUGCGUAUGGAGUGUACCACCGGAAAGGGAGCUAAUGACACUUUUGAUACCCCUGGAAAGGGAGCUAAUUCUAUGGUUAUGGAGUGUACUACUAGUAAUAUUGAGGAUAGUAAGGGAGUUGUUGGAAAGGGAGCUAGUACUAAUGAUGCCCCUUUCGGGUCUAAUACUGGUACUAAUAUUAAGGAAACCCCUUUGGGGGUUAAGGAAGACCUUUUCGGGGUUAAGGAAGACCUUUUCGGGGUUAAGGAAGACCUUUUCGGGGUUAAGGAAGACCUUUUCGGGGUUAAGGAAGACCUUUUCGGGGUUGUAGGUACUGUUGGAGCAAGCACCGUAACGGAAGACACCGUAACUGUACAACAAAUGUAUAAAAAUUUAAUGAAUAAUAAAUUAUGUAAUGGUAAUGAAAGUGAUUUUAAUAAAUUUAAAUUAUUAAUUUUAAAUAAUAAAUUUGAUUAUAUUUCACCAAAAUUCAUUAAUCAAAUUAUUAAUCUUUUUUAA